GAAACAAAGUUGAUAAACCAAGGUACUGUAACCUGGAGACCCAGUCUAAAAGUGGGGUGAAUCACAGGAUUCCAACCCGAGAGACAGAGUUUCCUGAGAAUGAAGAUUUUGACACUGUUUAAUUUCAUCCUUGCAAAUUGUUUAAUAAUGGCCACUGGUAACUCGACUCUACAGAGUUGUUUUCAAGAGCAGCUGAGGCUCAAGGCCCAGGUGAGACUUCUGGAGUAUCGUGUGAAACAACAGCAGGUAAAAAUUGUGCGGGUCUUACUGGAGAAGGAGAUUCAAUACCGUGACAGUGGAGAUGAAAACAGUGUUAUUGACCUGGGAGAAAAAAGACAAUACGCAGCAGAUUGUGCAGAGAUCUACAACGAUGGACAUAAACGCAGUGGAUUUUACAAGAUGAAACCUCUCCAGAGUCCUAGCGAGUUCCUUGCCUACUGUGACAUGUCAGAAGGGGGAGGCUGGACUGUUUUUCAGAGACGUUCUGAUGGCAGCCAGAAAUUUGAUAGAGUCUGGGCUGACUAUGAACAAGGUUUUGGAAAUUUUGUUUUGAGAAAUGGUGAAUACUGGCUUGGAAAUAAAAAUCUUCACUAUCUCACCAAUCAAGGAAACUACACCCUAAGAAUCGAUCUCUCUGAUUUCGAAGGAGAGCGGCGAUAUGCGCAAUAUAAAAGCUUCAGAGUUGCUGAUGAAGAGAGCUCAUACCAGCUGAGCUGCGGAGAAUACUCUGGCACAGCUGGUGAUUCCCUUACUGGGGGGUUUCACCCUGAAGAGAAAUGGUGGGCUGAUCACCGAGGAAUGAAAUUUAGUACACAAGACAGAGACAAUGACAACUAUGAAGGGAACUGUGCUGAGGAGGACACAGCUGGCUGGUGGUUUAACAGGUGUCACACUUCCAACCUGAACGGUGUGUACUACAAAGGACCUUAUACAGCAAAGACAGACAAUGGAAUUGUUUGGUACACAUGGCAUGGGUGGUGGUAUUCUCUGAAAUCUGUUGUCAUGAAGGUCAGACCAGCAGACUUUGAACCCAAUGUUGUUUAAAUAUCUAGUUAAUAUAAUUCAUCCAGUUAAUCUCUGAGCAAAUCCAUCCAAAUUAAGCCAGAUGGGCAGAUUUCUCCCUCCACCCUCCCUCUACUGCCUCAUUUACUCCUGUAUAAAUCUGGAGUAACUUCAUUAAAAUCAGUGGUUUUAUAUGGGUAUAAAUGAGAAUAGAAUCUGGCCUUAAGCCUGGAGAUACAAAUAAUGUGUACAGGAUUGCUAAAGAGACUGGACAAAGUGCACAAAAGGUUUAUGGCAACUUUCACCCAUGUAGAAUACUUAGCUGUAGAUCUCUAGAAGCAGGGGGAACUUCUACUUGACUGACAGGCAUAAUGUGGGCCAGGACUUCCCCAAAAGCGAGUGGCAUUGGUCAGGAAGGAGGAGUGCACUGCUAUUGUAGCUUCUGCUGGUGAGGCUCCUUUGGAAUCAAAAGUGGAAUUCAAAGCAGCCUACAAAGCCAGAACCUCUGAGGAAGGACAGCAGUGGGAACAUCACCUUCCAUUCCUAGGACACAAGAGACUAGGCUGGUAUACAGGUGCAAUUUGUACCUUCUGGGGAAUGGAGUACAGGAAGAUUGCCAACUUGGCCCACACUAUUUUGGACUUUUUUCAUUUGGAAACCAUUUCUAUCUAAAUCUAUGCACAAUACAUAGGAUUUAAUGGAAAAAUUACAAAAUAGAUUCACUAUAUUGUCUUAAAAAGCAAUGUGAAUAU